GUUUUUUUCCGUUUUGCUGCAUCAAUCUCAUUGCACUCCCGUCUGUCGCUACAGCUCGGGAAUCUAUCCAAAUCAUGAUACCAGCACUUUACAAGUCCGGGAUUUUGUCGUUGGCUUUGGCUAUCCUUGCAGAUACCGCCCAAGCAGCACCAUACAUCCACCGCCGCGCCGCACUAACCACCACCACCCGCCCCCUCCGUCCCUCCCCCGGCAACCGCACUCACUACAGCACAGGCCAACCCCGCCUCGGCUCCUCAACCGCCGACCCAACCUUCCUCACCACCGCCUCCGGGCCCGUCACGAUCCUCACCCCCCACGAGCGAGCCACGGCCGUGCACGCCACCCAGCUCAAAGAAGCCAACGCGGCAUGGGGCGCCUCGCAGAAUCUGAGUAUUACGUGGAAGCAGUUCCCGGAGGGGAGUGAUUAUGCGGCGGAUUAUGUGAACCAGGUGCUGCAGGCGUGUAGGACUGGACAAAGUUCGUUUGAUGUGGUGUGGGUGGAGAGCGCGUAUGUUGGGGCGCUGAGCGAGUGUUUGGAGGAUGUGUGGGCGUGGGAUGAGGCGGCGGCGGGGGGGCACGCGGAGGUGGUUGCGAGAGGAGGGGUUGUGGCUGAGCGGUUGGUGGCACUACCCGCGGAGCUAUCCUUUGGAAUCCUUCUAUACAACAGCGACCUGCUUGAGCGCUAUGGUUACGGGUACCCGCCGGACACUCUCAACGAAUUCGAAGAAAUGGCCACGGCUGUGUUGAUGGGCGAACGGAUGCUGGAGAAUUACAAGAUGGCCGGGUGGACUGGACCGUUAAGUUCCUCGGAAGACCUGACCUCCACCGUCGCCGAAUGGAUCCAAUCCAUCGGCUCCAGUAUCAUCGACGACAACGGUUCCGUGACCGUCGGUACAACACAAGUUGCCAAUCUCCUCGCCCGUCUAACCCGCUGGCUCGAAUCCGGCAUCAUCGACCCUUCAGACGUAGGCCAAUCCACCCUCACCUCCUCCCUCAAUCGCUUCCUCGCGGGACAGGCGCUGUUCGCGCGUACCACCACCGCCCACGUCCCCGGCAUCAUCUCCUCGGCGUCCUCCGCCGGUUUCGACUGGGGAAUCGCGCCCGUACCCUCCGAUCUCGAGAGCGGGCUCGGAGUCGGCACAGCAGAGGGGUGGUUGGUGGGCACGUACCGACACUCCCAAAACAAGGCGGGGGCGAUGAAGGUGGUGGAGUACCUAACCUCGCAGGAAUACCAGAAGGCCAAGAUCCUGGAUCUGGGCGCCGCGAUGGUCGGGACGUAUCCGUCCUUUUUGCUGGACCGGUCGAUCUGCCAGGCGUACGGAACCGUGCGCUCCACGUCGCUGUGUAUGGUGUACUCACAGGUUUCGGUGAAUCGAAGGCCCGUGUCGCAGGCGGGCGCCCGGUAUGCCAAUGUGACUGCGGCGGUGCAGGCGACGGUGUUGGAGGUGAUGACGGGUGCGACGGCGAUUGUGCCGGCGUUGAAGGCGUUGGAUGCGAGGUUGCGGGUGAUUAUGGGGCAGCCCGCGGUGGAGCUCUCGUUGGAGAUUGAUGAUAGUAUUGUUGUGAGGCCUGGGAAGAAGUCCUUGGAUCAGCUGGGGACUCAGCUGGCGGGCUUGUGCGUUGUUCUGGCUGUGACGGCGGUGGUGGUUGUUGGCUUGAGGAGGACGCAACGGAGGGAAAUUGAGAAGCAGUUGAUGGCGGGGAAUCCCGGCCAGAAUCCACCUCAAGGACAAGCGGGUCCGUCGAGCCCAGGCACUGGGGAUGGGCAGCCGGAGAUGAGGGAAGCUGGAUCAAGCUCAUCAAAGCAAGAUAAGGGCAAGGGAGCAGAAUACGAGGCGCUGAUCGACAAGUCAGAAAAGAUCGAGAUCUGAGGGAAAGGGAGGCCAAGUAAUAGGGAAUUCUAGUAGCGAUUUUGUUAUGAAUGAUAGCGUAAAACAUCUUUC